UCGAUUAGCCGCAUUGCAUUGGAUAGACGUUCAAUAAUGGCGGACACAUAUAGCCAAAUAGUUUUAGGGUCUGGACUAACUGUCCUUUCUCAUCCUCUUAUGUACAUCAAGGUUCUAGUUCAGGUUGGACAUGAACCUCAUCCACCUACACUUGGCAGAAACUUGUUUGGCAGACAGGUCUACCAGCUUCCUGGACUCUUUGCGUACGCUAAACACAUAAUAAAGAUUGAUGGAAAGAAGGGUCUGUUCAAGGGUCUUACCCCCAGACUGUUCGCAGGGACCAUCGGCACGGUUGUUCAUAGUAAAGUCCUGCAGAAAUGCCAAGAGAGCAAACUUGAGGUCAUGGGUGUUGGUCAGAAGUCAGAGGAGGGCUCGUUGCAGCAUGUUGUCAAUGAGACAACAAGAGAGAUGAUCGCACGCUCUUGUGCCACAGUCGUCACACAUCCAUUUCACGUAAUAACCCUCAGAUGCAUGGUCCAGUUUAUCGGAAGAGAGACCAAGUACAGUGGCAUCUUUGACUCCGUCGUCACGAUUUACAAAGAAGAAGGAAUCCUCGGGUUCUUCACUGGCCUAGUUCCCCGGCUUCUGGCCGACAUCUUUUCACUAUGGAUCUGCAACAUGCUUGCUCACUUUAUCAACACACACAUCUUAGAUGAGUCCAUGAGUCACACGAGCGAAAUGAAGAACUGUUCUCAGGCAGCCACUGGGUUUUUUGCUGGUAUCCUGACAUACCCCUUUGUCUUGGUCUCCAACUUGAUGGCAGUCAAUAACUGUGGGUUAGUAGGUGGUUCUCGACCUUAUGCCGAAAUCUAUCCCACCUGGUUGGACUGCUGGAAGCAUCUCAGCCGAGAGGGCAAUAUGAGCAGAGGAAACAGUUUAUUCUUCAGGAAGGCACCGGUGGGGAAGACGUACGCCAUCGAACAGAAGCGAUUCUUUUGAAUAGGGUGAAUUAAGGCGUAACCUAGAGAUUUGAGAUGACCUGUGUGGAGGAACUGCUAAUCUUUUGUAUGCACUUGUUUAAAGUAAAGCUUUCGUUUUUGGGUAAUCAGUCUGUCAGUUUUUCUCAACAACCUCAGAUUGAAACUGUAUUGUAAGAUGUCAUGAGAUACAAAACAUACAGCAUAGAAAAUCAGUAGUAACGUUUUCUAAUUAUAUGAGAGAUAAUUAAAAGAAUACGUCGCUCCAUCUCCAUUUUCCAGUACGGCAAUAUAGAAGCCAUAGCUUGAUUAUCGAUUUCUGAUCUUAAUCUUUCCAAAACAAACUUUCCCUUGUGUUUUAUGUAUCUGAUUGGAUUUCGAUCAUCAAUCACACUGUCACCACCUUGGCGGUUUAAUUAAACCGACCGACUGAUUCAUCGAAAAGAAGUUCCUCUUGUGCGAAAGCUGAUCAUGUGGCUUGUGAGACGGCGAGAUUCAUCUGUCCUGCUAAAUAGGGGGACUCAUGUUUGGGGUGGGGUGGGGGUUACACACCUGCUAGUUUAGUCGGAAUGGUUUGGACAGAUUAAGGAUAAGUGCCACUGCCUGCUCAGAUGCAUUUUGGUUGUAAAUGUGAAUGAACAUAUAAUUGAUCUGAAUAAAUGAAGAAAUGCCUUUUC